CUACUUUUUAAACCACAUAUUAUGUCAGUAUGUGCGCGACACUAUAAGUUAAUAAACUUAAAUAUCAUUGUUUCAGCAUAAGCCUAAAAUGAAGUUAUUAAUUGUUUUGUGGCUAAGUGUUACCAUUUUGGGUAUCUGCGAUGGAUCAAAAAUUCUAGGCAUAUUUCCAGUACCUAGUAAAAGUCACUACAUCAUUGGAGAAGCAUUACUCAGAGGUUUGGCCGAAAAAGGACACGAUGUGACUAUGAUUAGCCCAUACACUCUGGAUAAGCCAAUGAAAAACUACACAGAUAUAGUAGUCAAUGAAGUAUUGGAAUUGAAAGAAGCUUAUGGUCCACAGAUGGCGGAAUUUAACGCCACGUUUUUCCAAAAAGCAAACUUAUCUUAUCACCUUUUUCCUGCGAUGAAUCACGCAAUUCACAACAGUUCAAACGUUCGUCAGUUUCUUAAAAAAGGAGAAAAAUAUGACCUUUGCAUUGCGUCCUUCAUAAUUUCGGAAGCAUCAUUUGGAAUAUGCGACUCAGUACAAGCUCCUGCAAUUGGAAUGAGUCUGGUAGGAAUGACACCAUUUCUUAGUUAUCAUACUAAUAAUCCUACACCAUAUUCAUAUGUGCCUAAUGGGUUUUUGGGAUUAACUGAUGAGAUGAGUUUUUGGGACAGAGUAAAAAAUGUGGCUUCUUCAUAUUUUAUCGAAGCAUUGAUGCAUUUCUUUUUAUUACCGUAUCAACAAAAGUUGUUAAAUACAUAUUAUCCUAAUGCACCGACAAUUGAAAAAUUAAUGGAUAAUGUUGACCUUUAUUUAAUGAAUUCUCAUACGUCUACUGAUUUUCCUAAACCUUUACUACCAAAUAUAAUUCCAAUCGGAGGAUUUCACGUACAAAUCAUGGAUAAAAUUCCUGAAGACAUACAAAACUUUCUCGACAAGUCACAAAAGGGUGUGAUUUACUUCAGUAUGGGCAGUAAUAUUAAAGGCGCAGACCUUGAUCAAGGAAUUAGGAAUACCGUACUAAAUACUUUUGCUAAAUUGGAAUAUGACGUCCUCUGGAAAUUUGAAGAAGAUCUUCCAAACAAACCUAAAAACGUUCAUAUUGCAAAAUGGGUCCCACAACGCCCCAUCCUAAUGCAUCCAAAUGUUAAAAUGUUUAUAACUCAUGGUGGACUUGGUGGAACAGUGGAAGCUAUUCAUGGUGGAGUUCCAAUGAUUUGUAUGCCCAUGUUUGGAGACCAACCAAAGAACUGUGCGGAGAGUGCUCAGAAGGGUUAUGCUAUAGUCGUGGAUCUGUUGGGAAUCACUGAAGAGAAGCUUACAAACGCUAUCAAGGAGAUUGGAACCAAUCCAAGGUACAAGGAGAAAAUAAUGUUGAAAUCUGAUCUAUAUCGGAACCAAGAAAUUAAUCCAAUGGAUAAAGCUAUAUAUUGGGUAGAGCAUGUUAUUAGGCAUAAGGGUGCAAAACAUUUGAAGUCAAGAGCUAGCAGUAUUCCAUGGUGUCAAUAUUAUCUAUUAGAUGUAGCAGGUUUUCUACUGGCCAUCUGUCUGAUUGGAUUAUGCAUUACUUACUUUAUCAUUAAACUAAAUUUAAAAGUAUUAUGUUGGAUGAUGCAAAAAAUUAGAGGCACGAAGAAAUGUAAGAACUCUGGAAAACACAAAAUUAAAUCACAGUUUAAUGUGUUAAUAAUUCUCUGGUAUUUUCCUUCACGUCAUUUUAAUGAAUACUUGAACGUUGAUGAAAAACUAUGGUUUGAAAUUAAUGAACUGCAUAUUUCACUAAAAACCAUAUUAAAUUAA